AUGACAGUCUCAGAAUAUGUGCACAGUCAAACUCUACAAGGAAAAGCACGGACCGACGUAAGCGCUCCUCCACCCGUUCCGGAGACGGUGAACAUCACGACGGUGCAGAACCAGGUGACACCGAACAGCCUAACCGUCUCCUUCAGCUGCAGCUGGUUCCAGAACACAAACGGUGACCUCAAGUACUACACGGUCAUCGUCAAACAGUCCGAUGGAACCAACAGCGAGAGUCCAGAGAAGAGGUGGCCUCUGAGCACGUAUUCAGAAUAUGCGAGUGGCAGCACGAACGUGUACCAGGUGGACGAUCGUGUCUACCCCUCCGAGUGCUCCAACCUCAACUCCAUCGUCAGUGUCCAAAUUGGCACUGGCAGAACGAGUGGAAGCUUCCCCAAUGGCCCCUUAAAGCAAAACACUGCCUACAGGAUCAGUUUCCGCGUCUACACGUACAUUCCAAACGCACGCUCCGUCAGCGCUGGAGGGGUAGCCAUCUACACGGACACACGUUUCUCUCUACCACUCAUGACAUUAUCCAGCUCGGGAAGCAUCACUGGCCCUGUGGUGGGAGCUGUGGUGGGAGGUGUGGUGGGAGGUGUGCUGGGAGCGUUUGUGAUCAUUGUUGGAGGGGUCUUACUCUACAUACGCCGGAAGCAGCUGAAUUGUUUCAAGAAACCCAAUUCCAUACAGCAAACUGGCGAAAGAAAAUGGGGCGAGCUUCCGGCUGUACCAGGUGGCAUGAAAAAGGAUGUUUGUGAUGCAAGUCACAAGGUCGAAAAUGAAUACAUGUCUGCUGAUGACUGCAUUUAUGAAGAUCUGGACAAUAGUGAACACCAAGAGGACCACCACUCAUGUGCAGAGUCGAAGACGGGAAAAGAUGAUGCCAAGACCGUGGGAAAUUCCGAUCCCACCUAUAUCGCCCCCGACAAUGUAUACGUCAAUGUGAAAUAGCCAUUCAAGUCACUCACCACCUCCUUCUGUUCGAUAUAAAAAAAGAAACAGAUCCUCUACAUAGUUUAAAGACAUGAAUAAGACCUUUCCUGUGCUGGGUUCAUGUCAAGGUAAUUUUUUACUCGUUCUCAAGGUUAAUUCAUUCGUACCAGGUACACAUUUAUUAGGUGUGAUAUUGUCAUAAUGCUCCCCAGCGGGCAGGCAUUGCACUUCGAGAACAAAAAUUGCUCUUGCAAACACUGCUCUGCCGUUUAGCAGCUGCGCCUAUAGAUCUGUAAGUGUAUGGAGUAUCUGUACUGGUCUAAGGGUACCGAUGCAAGUUUAAUGGUCUCAGUGGAAAUCUAUAAGUGUCUUCUUCGAAUGGCUGAUGUAGGUGAAGAGUAACAACUCUAAUUUUACGUUGAGGUGGUUGAGCCAGAUAAUUGUGUCAGAUGUAGUGGAUUGUACUGCUCUGAUGAUGCUCCCCCAUUCGCAUUUGUGAAUUGGGCAUUAAAGAGUCAUUCCUUCUGUGGCCUACUCUGGGUGAUCCCAGGCACACACUACCGGAGAUAUUUAUUUUCAAUUGUGCUUUAAGUAACCACUUCUGCCAUUGUUUGGGUGGAUUCGAUUUGGGUUUGUGCCCAUAUUAUUCGUGGAAGAUCAAAGCCAUGGAUCGUCUGCCUCGGGUCUUGAAUCUGGGUAAAGGUAGAGGACAGGUGGCCUGGACAAAACAAAUCCAUGGAUAAUGCCAAAUAUAACACAUCGGGCGAUGAAAUAUAUGUAUUACUUACCUACAUAGUCUAUACGGGGGUGAAUCUAUAGAGUGCGUUAAUCUGUUAUUAUUCUUUGUUAAGAUUAUCGGUUUCAUGUCAGACUCAUUUGUCGCCACAUGGUGACGACCGAGUCAUGGACACGCAGGAUGGGAGGAUCAGUAAUAAUUAAACUUGCAAGUAAUCGAUCAUUUUUCACAAUCACGAGAAAUGCUAAACCCAAAUCUUCUGCAAAUUUCGCGUUAAAACUCAUACAUAUUAUCCAUUGGAUGUGUAAUGGUACUCUUGUAACAUCAAUGGCGCGCCACGGUGGGGAGAUGUUAAAUACCUUACCGGGUAUGCAGGUGGUCGUGAGAUCGAUCCCGACCCUUGCGUGUUUUUUCCGUGGUUACGUGAAUUUUUUUCCGAGUCCUCCGAUUUUGCCCUCCACAUUUAGAAUCGACAUCACACAUUUAGAGCAUUUGCCUGCUACAAAUGUCCACGUGAUAAGCCAUUACGUUGAGCUAUCAUUUGUGAUAACCAGAUCGCUUCUUAAAAAUAUAUAUUUCGCUCAGUGGGCCUUGUCUGGCAAAAUAAAAUAGUUUAGUUUAAGGAUCACCAUGUACUUUACUUGUAUUUACCAUGCAAUUAAUAUGUAUCGAUAUAAUACAGCUGGUUCAAAAUUAACCUGUAGGUUUAGUUCUAUAAAAUGUUAUAGUAAAGGGAAGUAAAUGAAACACCUUAAUUUUAUAGGCAUGAAUUUGUCCCAUUAAAAUUGUGACUUAAUGUCUGAAAUUUAUACUUCUUUAUGACGGGUAUUUGGCUAUAAUCAGGAUCAUCUGCUUUCAUGUCCUCAAACUUUAUUGACAUCCGCAUCAAUUUCCUUUUUGUGAGUUCCAGCUACGAGCAAAUUGUUGUUAAUCAGAAAAUUCACUCUACGAGUCCGUUAUAAAUAGUACAUGAGACGUAGUUUGAUUUAAUCUUAGAAAUACAGGAAACCUCUACACAUUUUUUUAAAUAAAAACAAUUAUCGUUAAAAUAAUAUUUAAACACUCGACAAUGUUAAUAAUAUUUUACAUUUGCAAUACUUCCUGUUUAAUGCUUGGGUUGAUGUAGGGUAACAUGAGAGGAAAGGAGUGAUUGUCGUAUUACAUAAUCGGAAACUCUAUACGACAGGAGGAAACCGAUAAGGUAUAAGGCUCUUUUUCACAGACGUCCAAUAGGGGGCGGGUAAGAACGUUAUAACAAGCAAUGCAAAAACACGAUAGGAGUGGAAAGUAUAGGAAAGAUAAACAGAACUUUGAACCAAACUCCAAUAGUCCCAUAUACGAGCUUGCAGAUUGCCGUUCUAUUCAAGACAGUAAUCCCCCCCCCCCCCCCCCACAAUGGGCAAAGGAUUUUUUUGUAAGCAGACGGGUUUUCUCAUCAGGCGAUGUCAUUUGACGCGCGAGUUUCCACAUGGUGCAACUCAUUGCUCGAAUGUUUCAAAGCAGUCAUCUGUUAUUAUUUUACGACUACCUCCAUGGAAUAAACAGUGCUCGUUAUUCUUGAACCAACUUCAAAUAAAGUGUAUAACCUACCGCAAAA